AUGAAGUACAAGCGUACAGCAAUACUAAAAAUCCAUAGUAGUUGGAUAAAGUCGUUGGACAUAGAUCCCUACGAUGCAUUUCUUGCGUCCUCUUCCAUGGAUGGAACAACAAGAAUAACAGAUAUAGAAACAAAGCAACUUUUGGCCACUGUUCCCUUGAAAGAAAUUUGCGAAGAAGUCAAGUUCAGCAAGAUUCAGCCGUACAUCUUUUGUGCCUUGCUUGAUGGAUUGAUUAAGUGCUAUGAUCUCGUUGACAGAGAAUUUGUAAGAGAGUACUAUGGGCACAUGUCUUCUGUUCUGUGUCUAGACACCUAUGACAGGAGAAUUUUCAGUGGGUCCUCUGACUGUACUAUAAGAGUUUGGGAUGUUAGAGUAAAGAACAGUAUAUCAGUUAUGAAAGGGCAUAUGCUUCCUGUUACUCAUGUUAUGUUCAACAAUGGACUCGUUUACAGCUGCUCAAUGGAUGGAAACGUAUUCUUUUGGGAUGAAAGAAAUAGCAAGAUUCCAAUGGCAGGUUUUGCUUCUAGCGUGAAUUCCAUCUGUAUUUGUGACGGAACGCUAUUUGUUUCUGUUGGAAAAAAAGUCUUUGAGUGUGGAAAUACUCCACGUGAAAUUGAGCUGAAGUCAAGCGCCCUGUCGCUGGAGAACUAUGAUGAUGACUACUACUUAAUUGGCAGCGAAAAGCAUGUUUUUGUGAAAUCAAGACUAGCAGGGAAGCCCGAUUAUCAAUUUGGAAUAGAAGGCCCGGGGGAUAUUCCUAAAGUUACAUCUAACAAAGAAAAGAUAAUUGUCGGAGGAACAAGCAAAAAUAUAGAGUUUUUGGAAAGAAAUGAACAUAUUUAG